AUGGAGAAUACUCUUUUUCCCGUGCCUCCAGGCACCGAAACAGUCCGUGUCAGGAUAAUUGAUACAACCACGCGAAUGGGCAAACUCCCAGUAGCUUUUCUGAUGGAGCCCGCCAUGAAGGGGAUGCAAUAUAUGCCCGAGAUGCCUGUAUGGUCAUUCCUAAUUGAGCAUGCAUCCGGUCAGAAACUACUCUUUGAUCUCGGUGUUGCAAAAGCCUUCCGGUCACUUUCGCCUUUCAUCCAGCGAAUUAUUGAGAGCAUGAAAACAGAUAUAUCUGUCAAGGAUGAUGUGAUUGAUAUUUUGAAGGAAGAGAUCGCGCCAGAUCAGAUUUCAGGGAUCAUCUGGAGUGGAAGAAAUCUGCGGGAGAUCGACUUUUCCGACGACACGAAAGCAGGCCGCUUCCGCGCCUUUGACUUCUUCGGGGAUGGCUCGUUCUAUCUAGUUGAUACCCCCGGCCAUGCCGUGGGCCAUCUGGGUGCACUGGCUCGAACAACCACUAAUCCAGACACUUUCAUUUUCAUGGGAGGUGAUCUGUGCCACCAUGCAGGCGAGCUUAGGCCCUCUGAGCACAUGUCUCUCCCUUCCGAUCUUUCAGCUGCAAUGCCCGCUAUGCUGCUGCCAUGUCCUGGGGCUGAGAAUUAUGAAAAAUUGCUUUUCGAGCGGAGAAGCACGUUGGAGAAACCGUUCUUUGCCCCGGCGACUAUGGUUGGGACUGAUAUCGAGGGGACUAUAGGUACAAUCGAGAAAGCACAGGAGGCGGAUGCAGAUAGUAAUAUCUGGUUUGUUUCUGCGCACGAUCCUAGCUUAUUGGGAAUUGCCGAUCUGUUCCCUUUGUCGGCGAAUGAUUGGAAACAGAAGGGUUGGCGGGCGAAAACUCUUUGGGCCUUUCUCCGGGACUUUGAUGAAGCAAUUGAUGCACAAAGUUAG